AUGCCGAACGUCUCACGCAUCGCGACUGCCAUCUUGGCAGCCGCUGCCUCUCUUCGAACCUGUGUUGCUCAAUCCGCAGUCAAUUACACAGACCCAGCGACCGGGAUCGAUUUUGGGACAUGGGUCGAAGGCGAUAUGACCAUCGGCCUGGCGCUGCCUGGUGACGCCUUGACGACGGAUGCGACCGAGUACAUCGGACUGCUGAGAUGCGCGACCGGCUGGUGUGGCCUCUCCCACGGAGAGUCCGGCCAGAUGACGCAAGCCCUGCUCCUCAUGGCCUGGCCCAACGCCGACGAAGUCCUGACGUCCUUCCGGUUCGCGACCGGCUACGUCAUGCCAGAGGCCUACACCGGCGACGCGACGCUGACGCAGAUCUCGUCGAGCGUCAACGGUUCGGGCUUCGAGAUCAUAUACCGGUGCCAGAACUGCUUCUCCUGGGACCAGGACGGCGCGGCCGGGAGCGUGAACACCACGGCCAGCUUUUUCGUCCUGGGACAGGCGGUGUCGGCGACGGUCCCUGCUAAUCCUGAUUGCCCUACCGAUAUCACCUUCAGCCAGCACGACACCUUUGGUCAGUUUGGCGCUCAACUCGCUGGCGUGGUCAGCGACGACUACAAUAGCUGGGCCGCGUUGGCCACGAAGGAGGUCACCGGGGACUGUGGCACAGGAACCGCGCCUACAGACCCGUCAAGUACUGCUUGCGACGCGGCUAUGGCUGACCAGGUCUUCGACUAUGUCAUCGUCGGUGCCGGAGCUGGCGGCAUUCCCAUGGCCGACCGCCUAAGUGAGAUGGGCCACACCGUCCUGCUGCUCGAAAAGGGGCCACCAUCUCUCGGACAGUGGGGCGGCGACAUGAAGCCGCUCUGGCUGGAAAAGACGGACCUCACUCGUUUCGACGUGCCCGGUCUCUGCAACCAGAUUUGGGUCGACUCCGCCGGUGUUGCUUGCCAGGACACGGAUCAGAUGUCCGGCUGCGUCCUGGGUGGCGGCACAGCCGUAAACGCCGGACUGUGGUGGAAAGGAAACCCCAAAGAUUGGGACGAGAACUUCCCAGAAGGGUGGCACGACAGCGACCUCCAGGACGCCACGGCGAAAGUGUUCGAGCGCAUCCCAGGGACCAUCAGGCCAUCCACAGACGGCCAGCUCUACCUCCCCCAGGGCGUCGACAUGUUGAGCGACGCGCUCGCGAAUGGAGGCUGGACUAAUGUCCCGGUUCCCAACGACGACCCCGGUUCGAAGAACCGCACUUUCGGCGCCACGAGCUACAUGUUCGAGGGUGGCGAGCGGUCGGGUCCGAUGGGGACGUACCUGGUGUCUGCGGCGACGCGGGACAACUUCCAGAUGUGGAUGAACACGCCUGCUAGACGUGCUAUUCGCACCGGUGGACAGAUCACUGGUAUUGAGUUGGACUGUACUGUCGAGGGAGGCGAGUUCGGUACUGUUUCCGUGACCCCUGACACCGGCCGGGCCAUCGUAUCGGCAGGGACUUUUGGUUCGGCCAAGUUCCUGAUGAGGAGUGGUAUUGGCCCCGCUGAUCAGCUGGAAGUCGUUGCUUCAUCAGCUGACGGCCCAUCAAUGGUUGGCAACGACUCAUGGAUCAACCUCCCUGUCGGUCACAACCUCGUCGACCACGUCAAUACCGAUACCUUCAUCACCCACCCAGACGUCGUCUUCUACGACUUCUAUGCGGCCUGGGACACGCCUGACCCCAAUGACGAGGCGAAAUAUCUUACCAACCGCACAGGUAUUCUCGCGCAAUCGGCGCCGAAUAUCGGACCAGUCUUUUGGGAGGAGGUCACCGGCGGGGACGGCAUCGUGCGCCAGAUCCACUGGACAGCACGGAUUGAAGGCGCCGACCAGACGGGCAGCAACAACACCAUGAUCAUGAGCCAGUAUCUCGGCCGCGGCACGACCUCGCGCGGCCGCAUGACGAUCCAGGGCGACCUCAGCACGCUGGUCUCGGACCCGCCGUACCUCAAGGACGAUAACGACAAGCAGGCCGUCAUCGCCGGCAUCGACAGCCUGCGCGCCACCAUCACAGGUUAUCCGAACAUAACCUGGGCGUUCCCGGCCUUGAACCAGACCACCCAGGACUACGUCGACAGCAUACAAGUCAGCGCGGCCAAGCGCCGCGCGAACCACUGGCUGGGCACCAACAAGAUGGGUCUGGAUGACGGCCGCGAGGCCGACGGCACGGCGGUCGUGGAUCUCGACUGCAAGGUGUACGGCACAGACAACCUGUUCGUGGUGGACGCGUCCAUCUUUCCCGGCAUGGUGUCCGCGAACCCGUCGGCCAUGAUCGUGACGGCGGCAGAGUACGCGUCGUCGAGGAUUAUGAACCUGGCGCCGGUGCCUGCGCCCAAGUCAGCGGUCUAUGACAAGGGUGCAACUAUCAUCACGCUACCAUAG